UGGAAUUUUAGCGCCGCAUUGAGGACUUCGCUUUUUGUUGUUUUAGGUACACGAAUCCCCACGAAUCUAACAAGACAUUCCACAAUUAACAACUCUGAAAAUUAAGUUUGAGAAGUACUGUUUGAAAGUAAAUUGGCGACACGAAUUUGUGAAGCUGAAACAUGCCAGAUAGGAAGAAAACAACAACCACUGAGACCGAUCUACAAGGACAUAUGAGAAACCUUACUGGAAAUAGACCAUAUAAAUGUGAUGUUUGUAGUAAAUCAUUUUCUAGAAAAGAUCAUCUACAGGGUCACAUGAAAAUCCAUACUGGAGAUAGGCCAUAUAAAUGUGAUGUUUGUAGUAAAUCAUUUACUGAAAAAAGCAAAUUAAAAGAUCACUUCAGAACCCACACGGGCGAAAGACCAUAUAAGUGUGAUUUUUGUAGUAAAUCGUUUACUACGCGCAGUUGUCUAACACGACACAUGAGAAUACAUACUGGAGUUACACCACAUAAAUGUGAUGUUUGUUGUAAAUCAUUUUCUACAAAACAAUGGCUGAAGAAUCACAUAAGACUCCAUACCGGAGAAACACCAUAUAAAUGUGAUAUUUGUAGUAAAUCAUUUUGUAGGAAAAAUAGUCUAAAGAAUCACAUGAUGAUUCAUACUGGCGAUAGGCCAUUUAAGUGUGAUGUUUGUUGUAAAUCUUUUCGUAGGAAAUGUCAUCUAAAGAGUCACAUGAUGAUUCAUACUGCAGAUAAACCAUUUAAAUGUGAUGUUUGCAUUAAAUCGUUUCUUUGGGAACGUGAUCUAAUAGAUCACAUGAGGAGCCAUACGGGUGAAAGGCCCUAUAAAUGUGAUGUUUGUAGUAAAUCAUUUUAUACACAUAACAAUCUGCAAGGUCACUUGAAAACCCAUAUUGGAGCUAGACCCUAUAAAUGUGAUGUUUGCUGUAAAUCAUUUUCCCACAGAAGUAACCUACAAUCUCACAUGAGAAUCCACACAGGGGAAAAACCCUAUAAGUGUGAUGUUUGUAGUAAAGCAUUUUCUUUGAAUGGUCAUCUAAAGGGCCACAUGAGGAGCCAUACCGGAGAAAGGCCCUAUAAAUGUGAUGUUUGUAGUAAAUCAUUUUCUUUGAGUGGUCAUCUAAAGAAUCACUCAAGAAUCCAUACUGGAGAUAGGCCCUAUAAAUGUGAUGUUUGUAGUAAAUCAUUUACUUUGAGUGGUGCUCUUCAGGAUCACAUGAGAAUCCAUACUGGAGAACGGCCAUAUAAGUGUGAGGUUUGUAGUAAAUCAUUUACUUUGAGCGGUCAUCUAAAGGGUCACAUGAGAAUCCAUACUGGAGAGAGGCCCUAUAAAUGUGAUAUUUGUAGUGAAUCAUUUUCACGCAAACCAAUGCUUGUAAAACACACUAGAAUUCAUUCUGAAGAAAAACAACUUGAAUGUGAUGUCUGUAGUAAAUUAUUUAAUAACACAACUGCUUUAGAUGGACACAUGGUGGUUCAUUCUGGAGUAAGACCACUUCAUAAAUGUGAUGUUUGUAAUAAAACAUUUGUUAUUGCCAGUGCUUUAAGGAAGCACAUCAGAAAAGUUCAUGAUGAAGAAGAAACUUAUGAUUGUUGUGAAUGUAGCAGCACAUAUUUUAAUAAAUCAGAUUUAGACAGGCAUCUUAAAACACACACUGAUGAAUAGAGAAUAAUAAUGUAAAUAUUUGAAUGGGAUGUCUAUAGUAAAUGACUUAAUGAAAGUACCCAGGGUGGUUCAUUCUGGAGUAAGACCACUUCUUAAAUGUGAUGUUUGUAGUAAAACAUGUAUGUAUGUAGCAGCACAUUUUUUAGUAAAAUAGAUUUAGACAGAAAUCUUGAAACACACACUGAUGAAU